AUGAAUAUGUAUGGAUGUUUGCUAUGCAAUUUCUUUAUUCACAAAAACUGUAUCUAUUUACCAAAGGUAAUAAAACUUACCUGUCACUCACAUCGCUUGUUUCAUACUUUUCAAGUUCUUGUCAAUAAGAAAAGCUGUCAAAUAUGUAAUCAACCACUUGUUUACGAAUAUGGAGGAUAUAUUUGUACACACAAGUCGUGUGAUUAUAAACUACAUUCAUAUUGUGCAACGGGUAAAGAGGUUUGGGAUGGCACAGAUGUCGAACAACAACCUGAAGAAGUUAGUACUUCUGAAGAUGUUGCCUUGUUAUCAUUGGUGGAUAUAGAUAGCAAGACAAGUCGCCAUUUUAGUCAUCAACAUAACCUGAUGAGACUUUGCAUCAAUGAUGAAGUUGAAGAUGGAGGGAUAUGCCAAGCAUGCAUCCUUCCCAUUGAAUUUGGUAGUUUCUUUGGUUGUAAAGAAUGUGAUUUUGCACUCCACAACACUUGUGCAAAACUUCCUCGAAAGAUGGAACACACGUUCCACCGCCAUCCGCUAAACCUAGAAGUGAACUUGAUGAACAUUAGAGAAGGGUUCUUCUAUUGUUCUAAAUGUGUACGAGCAUCAUGUGGCUUCGUGUAUCGGUGCUACGAAAGACAUUGUGAGUUUAAAAUGGACGCACGUUGUGCUUCCAUUUCUGAUCCAUUGUACAAUAGAGCGCACGAACACCCUCUCCAUCUGACAGACAGUGGUGCACGUUGUAACCAAUGCGACUUCACUUUGAAACCAGAACGCGCAACUCUACCAGUGUUGGUAAAGCACAAGUAUGACACUCAUCCCCUUACCCUAGGUUUUUUUGAAUCAAUCAGGUGGUCAGGGUUGCGUUGUAUAAUCUGUGAAGUAAAAAUCGAAGAUGGCUACUCGUAUUCCAUGGGUCACAACCCGGAUCUCUACGGAUGCACCGAAUGCAAAACCAUUAUGUGUGUUGAAUGCGCAAUAGGUAAAUAUCCAUAUCUGAAACCUGACGUUACGAUCAAAGUAAAUGGUUCUGAGUUUGAUACUGCAUCCAACUUCAGUCUUUCUCGGCCGAUAUGCCAUGCAUGUCAAGAUAUAUGCCAAGACAAACUGCACAAACGCAACCGGAGGAGACCGACUGCGUUAGGACCCGUGAGUCCAUUAGGAGGGAACACAAACGCAAUCGAGUCACACAAUGGAAACAACGAGAGAAGUAAAGUUAUAUUUUGA